AUGGCGGCCGGGGCGGCGCAGGGGCUCGGCGAGGGCGGCGGCGGCCGCGGGUUCCUGGGCCCGCGCGUGCCGGCCGAGGUGGAGGCCAUGGCCCGGGGAGUGCAGGACGUGGGCAAGGAGACCUUCCGGAGGCUCCUCAAAGUCACUGUUAAUGCAUUGGAAGGAAAAGACUGCAAGGAAUCUGUCAGGCUGAUUGCAGAAAGUGCUAAUCUUUCAGAAGAGCAACUUGCUUUCCUCAUUUCUGGCAUGUACACCCUCCUCCGAGAAGCAUUGAGACUCCCCUUAUCAACUUUCAAACAAGAAGUUUUUAAAGAAGACUUGAAGGAGCUCAGAAUACCAGAAGAUUUCAUUGUAGACUUUUCCAGUGUAGUCUUUGGUAACAGGCGUCCCACUUCCGAAGGCACAGCUCUGAUACAAAGAAGUCGACUACCAAGCAUCCAGGACUUCAAGUGGAGAGUGGAUGUUGCUAUAUCUACAAGUUCACUGGCCCGUGCACUCCAGCCAUCCAUUCUGAUGAUGAUGAAGCUUUCAGAUGGGACAGCUCAUCGCUUUGAAGUGCCAGUUGCCAAGUUUCAAGAACUGAGAUACAAUGUUGCCCUUAUACUGAAGGAAAUGAAUGAUUUGGAGAAGAGGAGCAUACUGAAGAUCCAAGACUAAACACUUCUAAAUUGAGAGUUUAUGGAAGAGAUCUGAAACCCUCAGCAUGUUUCGUGAAUGCAAAACAGGGGACCAUCACCACUUUGCCUCUAUGAACUUCAAUGUGGCAUUUAUGAUGUCUGCUGUAAAUAUUUUUUUCCAAUCCAAGUGUUAAAAGCUCAAACUCUUUUUGUAAGACUUAAGAAAAACAAAACAUUUAUCUAUGAAAAAGUAUAAUGUUGUUUGUGAACAUUUUUGCAUGAUUCAUCAAAACUUUUUUUUAAAUAACUGUCUUAAUAGAUGUAAGAGUCAUUUAUUUCUGAUUAUGAUUCAUAACUCUAAUUUUUUUUUAAAGUGUGCUACCGGAAGCCCUAGCAAUGUGUAUGUAUCACAAGAAAACUCUGCAAUAUUUCAAAUUAAAAAAAAAAAAAAGAUAACAAACCCA